CUCUGAGGGGGGCUGCCGGGGGGGCAGGGAGACUCCGAGGGGGGGCCAGGUGAACUUGGGGCGCCCUGUGCUGGAGGCUGGCCCCGGUGGGAUGAUGGGGGUGCCCCCCUCCAGAGCCCCCCUGCGCCUGCUUUCUGCGCUCGCCGGCUGGGCGAGGGGCCGGGGAGCCCCGCGGAGCCUGGGGGCCCUGGCUGGCCCCCCCCAGCGGCACUACAAGAAGGGGACGCUCCCUGCCUCCGAGGGCCCCAUCCCGCCCGUGACCAUCACCGAGAUCCGCCAGUACCUGCGAGCCCAGGGCAUCUCCUUCCACGACGGCUACAGCUGCCUGCAUGCGCCCAGCCUCUUCGUGGAGGGGCCGGGGGAGCAGCAGCAGCCCCCCACCGGCAGCGCCCGCUACAGCCUCUUCAUCGACAAGACCACGGGCAGCUUCGUGUGCACGGCCACCCUGGCCGAGGGCACUUGGCAGGACUUCCAGGCUAGCGUGGAGCUGAAGCACAAAGGAGUCCCUCAUGCUGGCCUGGAGCAGCUUGACUGGGUGGACCAGACUGGGGAGGAUGCCCGCCAUAUCUGGGACCGGGCCCUGCCGCUCUGGGAGCUGCUGGAUGAGGAGGAGACUCGGACGGCCAAGGCCAUGUUCGGCAUCUCCAAGGUGUCGGACGCCACCCUAAAACGCUUCGGGGUGCGCUACCUGAGGGCUGCCCGCACCCUAGUCUUCCCCUGGUUCAGCCCCCGUGGCACCGGCCUGAAGGGCCUGAAGCUGCUGGGGGCCGAGUGCCAGGGGGACACGGUACGUUACGUGGAGAACACUCUGCCGCGGCCGAGCGCCUAUCACAACCUCUUCGGGCUGCCCCUGAUCGGCCGCAGAGACACAGAGGUGGUGCUGACAGGCCGGGAGCUGGACACCCUGGCACUGUACCAGGCUACUGGCUUGCCCAGCUUGUCCUUACCCCGGGGGGCUACCUGCCUGCCUCCAGCCCUGCUUCCCUACCUAGAGCAGUUCAAGCGCAUCACCCUGUGGCUGGGCGAAGACCUCCGCUCCUGGGAGGCUGCCAAGCUCUUCGCCCGCAAACUGAACCCCAAGCGCUGCUCCCUGGUGCGACCCGGUGACCAGCAGCCCCGGCCCUUGGAGGCUUUCACCCGCGGCAUGAACCUCUCCAAGAUCCUCCGCUCCGCCCUGCCUGCCGGGCACAAGUCAAUCAUCUCCUUCCGCCAGCUGCGGGACGAGGUCUUUGGGGAGCUGUCCAACGUGGAGCAGGUGGCCGGGGUCAAGUGGGCCCGCUUCCCUGAGCUGAACAAACUCCUCAAGGGCCACCGCAAAGGGGAGCUCACCAUCUUCACAGGCCCGACGGGCAGUGGGAAAACGACCUUUAUCAGCGAGUAUGCCCUGGACCUCUGCAUGCAGGGGGUGAACACCCUGUGGGGAAGUUUUGAGAUUAACAACGUGCGCCUGGCCAAGGUCAUGCUGACCCAGUUUGCGGUCAGGCGGCUGGAGGAGCAACUGGACCAGUUCGACGAGUGGGCAGACAAGUUUGAGGACCUGCCGCUCUACUUCAUGACCUUCCACGGGCACCAAAGCAUCAAGACGGUGAUAGAGACCAUGCUGCACGCAGUGUACAUGUAUGAUAUCAGCCACGUGGUCAUUGACAAUCUCCAGUUCAUGAUGGGGCAGGAGCAGCUCACUGUGGACAGGCUUGCGGCCCAAGACUACAUCGUGGGUGCCUUCCGGAAGUUUGCAACGGACAACAGUUGUCACGUGAGCCUGGUCAUCCACCCUCGGAAGGAGGACGAAGAGCGAGAGCUUCAGACGGCCUCUAUAUUUGGGUCUGCGAAGGCCAGCCAGGAGGCCGACAACGUGCUGAUCCUCCAGGACAGGAAGCUGGUGACGGGACCAGGGAAGCGGUACCUGCAGGUGUCAAAGAACCGCUUUGAUGGGGACGUGGGGGUCUUCCCCCUGGAGUUCAGCAAAGCGUCCCUCACCUUCUCCACCCCUAUCAAGGGGAAGGCCCGGCUGAAGAAGGUGAAAGAUGACAGUGGAGCGCCGCCCAAGCAGGCUCCGGCUGGAGGCAGCGGGGCCUCUAAGAAGCAGUGACCCAGCCCAUGGAAUGGGCUGCUCUGGCAAAAUCCCUUCCCCGGGGCACUCCUCGGCCAGUGUUCACCCCAGCCCUGAGGGGAAGGGGGCUGGGGCAGAGGAGAUGUUAACCCUAACCCUAAGGGGUGUUCCCUGUGCUGCUGGCCUGGCCAGGCCUGGGUUUCCUGCAGGCUCCUCGCCCCUCUGUGGGGAACCUCGGCUGGGUUGUGUUUGGGGAGGAGGAAUCACACACCUACCUCUGCGUUACGGUCAGAUGAUAAGCUAUAAACGGGCUCUUGGCUUAGAGCCUGCCGGGGCCCAUGACAUCCCGGCUGACGGAAGGCGAGAUGGACACAGGCUGGGGCACAGGGGGAGUCCUGUGUGUUAUGCCCCCGUCUGUUGACUUAGCACAGGUCCCUGUCCGUUUGUCCCUGGGGAGCCGUAUGUCCGGAUGCUGGGCUGCUGAGUCGGUGUUGCCUUUGGGCUGGAUGUCUGUUUGCCAGACCCUCUCUGCUUGCUCCCAUCCCUGGAGUAUUUCAGCCAAUGUGGGUAAAUCCUGACCCCACACCCUGGCAUCGAGCAGGACACUGGUGUGUUUAAAAACUCCAGUGACACGGCGUGUGAUUCCCUGUUCUGGGAGCGGGAUAGCUUACCAGGGACGUGUAGCAGGCUGGUGCACAGAUCCUUCCCCUCCGCAGAGCAGGACUCCUAGCCAGGUGUGGGUCACAAGCCAGUGUGAGUUUGCCAGGGCUUCUUGAAUCAGUCCCUACAGCACGUCUGGUCUGUGUCAUAAAACUGCUGCUGAAUUAGCUCCUCUUGUCUCAGGAGACCUCCCUCCCUUCAGUCCAGGACUGGGAUGGUGGUUCUGCAGGCCAGACUGGAGGGGCACCAGCAGAACUGGGCAGGUCCCAAUGCUGGACUAGCAGGGGGCUGCGGGUCGGGAUUGAGAGGCACCGGCAGAGCUCUGCAGGGCUGGGAUAGCAGGGAGUUGCGGGUUGGGAUUUAGGGGCACCGGCAGAGCUGUGGGGGGCUGUAUGUGAUGAGUGAGGUGCAUAGCCAAAGCUGUGUGGGUGAAGGGGUACCCAGCUCCAGCCCACACUGUCACAUGAAUCCCUCACUUCCACAAGCCCUGGGAGAAGGUAGGAGGGAACGGGAGGUGCAGGGGGGAAGCCAAGUGCCCAGUGACUUGGGGGCUCAUGGCAGAGAAGCAGAAGUGACACAGCUGGUGCCCAUAAAACAGAUUGUGGGGUAAUCGCCAGCACUGCUCUGGUAGUGUGUGAGUGGUGAUUGUGAAGCCCCUGUGUGGCCGCUCAGGAGCCAGGGGUGCCCUACCAGCGUCACACAGUUGUCACAUCUGGAGUCUGGGCUGCACCUACUUUGCUUAUACAAUUAUUUUAAAAUCGCAAUAGGCCCAAGCCAGCAAUGUGCCGAGAGCCCUCCGUUGCCAUCGACUGCUUCUGAGCUCACGUGGCUGGGACCCCUUGUUACCGGAUUCUCUCUGAUUUGAAUUGCCCCACAAUCUGGGGGAGAACAGGCCUGUGUGAAUGCACCAGCAAUAAAAUCCCAGCUGUUCAGCUCUUCCCUUGCCCUGCAGCAGGCCACGCUGUCGUGACCUCUGCUCCGUUCAGCUGGGCUCUGGGAUUCCAGCCCUCGCUGCCCCAGCGGUGCUGGGUUUCUUUGAAGAUCAAAUAAUGCUGCUUGUGUCUGAGGUGGGUCCCAGAGUGGGGCAUUGUGAAGGAAAUGGAGCCCCCCCAGUGCACGGGAUGGGGGGAUUUCUGAGGGGGUUUUAUAAACUAUGGUCCCAAAAGACUUUUCAGAGGACAGUUUGGAUUUAUUCCCUCCUUCCCCAGGAUUUGGAACCCAAACAUUGCAGCCUCGGGCUGGUGCAUGGGAACCAGACCCUGAAUCUGACAGUCUCAGCUGACUGAAGCUCAGAAGGCAAAUGGAAUCCGUUGUGCAAAGUAAAUUAGGGUUUUAUAAUUCCCUCUGGCUAGGCCUGGCUGGUCUCUAAGGUGACGGAGAUUAUGAAAUGGUUUCCAGAGCUCUCCCUGUAUGGCCGUCUGCACUCCCGUGUGUGCGUAGGAAGGCAGACUCCGGGGGAAGUGCUUUUCAAUCAGUGUCGAAUGCUGACUACUGUGAUUUGGGGUUCCGUUGCACUGGGAGGGAAAACCUCCCCAAUGACUGACUCGGCAGUAAUUUUGUACACACUAGGGUGUGAAAAAGAUCAUGUUGAUUAGAUAUUUUGUCUACAGCUUGUCAUUUGAUUAAAAACAAAGGUGGCUUUUCA